AACAAGGUCUCAAGAGUCUCGUAACAACAGUAGUGAGGUUUCUCUAUUAUUUCAGUACUCACGAAACAACACGAACGACAAGACCCAGUCAAAAUCCGAAACCCUAAAGAAUCCCCAAAUUCUCACUUGAAUUUCCAGAUCCUUCAAUUCAUAAGCCCAUUAUGUAACCACAAUUCAAUUCGAUACAAUUUAAUUCCAUCUCUCAACUGAAAAACACUAAUUUAUGGACUUCAACUCCUCCGGCACCGGAGGAAGCGGCGGCGGCGGCGGCGGCGGAGGUGGUAAUGACGUGGAGCUGUUAUCAAAGACGUUACAGGUGGAGCAUAAGCUGUUUUACUUUGAUCUAAAAGAGAAUCCACGUGGCCGUUAUUUAAAGAUAUCGGAAAAAACCUCAGCUACACGGUCAACUAUAAUUGUACCGUUUAAUGGAAUCUCAUGGUUUUUUGAUAUUUUUAAUUAUUAUGUUAAUACUGAUGAUCAAGAUGUUUCUAGCAAGGAACUUCAGCUUGAUACCAAGGUGUUUUAUUUUGAUGUUGGUGAAAACAGGAGAGGGAGGUUUUUAAAGGUAUCUGAAGCUUCAGUUAGCAGAAACCGUAGUACCAUCAUUGUACCUGCAGGGAGCACCCGAGAUGAAGGGUGGAGUGCAUUCAGGAACAUCUUGGAAGAGAUAAAUGAAGCGUCUAAGCUUUUUGUUUUACCCAAUCAGCAAAAUGCCGAAGGAAUUACACAAGAGCGAAUAGUUGGUCUAUCUGAUGAUGUCGGUGCUGGCUUUAUUGCCGGGAACAGUUCUCAGUCUGCCCCUACAGCAUCAUCCGACUUGAACUUAGGAGAUAGGACAUCCACAUUUGAAUUGCCGCCUCCAUCUUCUGAUGAAAGUAGUGCUUUUGGUGUCUCCAAAGUGAUCAGGGCUGAUCAGAAGAGGUUCUUCUUUGAUCUUGGAAGCAACAACAGGGGCCAUUAUUUAAGAAUAUCGGAGGUUGCAGGUUCUGAUCGGUCUUCCAUUAUUCUUCCAUUGUCAGGACUGAAACAGUUCCACGAAAUGGUAGGCCACUUUGUGGAAAUAUCUAAAGAUCGGAUUGAAGGGAUGACUGGAGCAAACGUGCGAAAUGUGGACCCACCACAAAGAUAGUGUUGGCUUUGGCCAUCCAUUCUUAAAUUGCAAAAUGGUAAUCCGCUUGACUUUGUGAACCUGUGUAUAGACCAGCAGCCGUGUGCGAAGGGUUAAAUUUCUUAUCCUUACCUUAUCUUCUAUUAAAAUUUGAAUAAUCCUGGCGAUGCUAAGCUUGAUUCCCAAUACCCCGACAUGGAAAUAAUCAAGACCAGAAUAAGCAAGCAAUGCUAGCUAUUUCUUCUUUGUUGUUUUUACUUUGAUUCUUUUUUUUCUAAUUUCUUCUUUACCCUCUUAUAUUGUGAAGGAUUUUUCAGUGGUUGUUAGCCUGAAUGGGAAUUUGCAUCAUCUUGUGUUUGGCCAUUCAUUUGUCUUUUGUUAAUAUAACUAAGUUGCUAUCAAAAAAUGCGUCCCUUAUUGCUC